AGUGGCAUUCAAUCCAAAUCUCCUCUAUCGCCUCCUCCUCUCCCCCUUUCUCUCUCUCUCUCUCUAACCCACCUGACCGCUCCUCUUCCUUUUUCACCCUCCUAUUCCCACAGCACAGAGAGAUGGAGCUUGGCUUAACCUUAGGUCACGCAUCAAAGCCAUUUGGCUUCUUUCCUAAAGAUCAAGAAAUUAACACCACGACCAAUGUUCUAGCUUUCCCAUUAGCCUUAGGUAUCAUCUCUAAUGGAGGAAAACAACAACAGCAACAACAUCAUGAGAAUGAUGAAGACGAUGAUGAAUCAGAAAUCAGAAGUACAAGAAACAUUAGUCACGAGCAGAGAGUCUCCAUCGAGCUCGAUCUCCUCCCUCUCGCUCCAGUUCCCCGUCACGCAUGGCCGCCGCCUUCUGAUACUGGGAGUUCGGAAGGGGGUUCAUCCGGAAAUACGGGUUUUCCGGCGAUUGCGAUGGCGGAGGAAGUGGCGGCGCCGACUUCUCCCAACAGUGGAGCGUCGUCGUUUCAGAUGGAUUAUUGUAUCUACAGAGGCGGCGGAAAUAUUAGUGGGAACAAGAGAGACGCAGAGGGUAUUGUUGUCGGAAACGACGUCGUGGAGGUGGAGAGAGCGUCGUCCAGAGCCAGCGACGACGACGAGAACGGUCUGAGUCGGAAGAAACUCAGACUCUCUAAGCAACAGUCUGCUUAUCUCGAAGAAAGCUUCAAAGAACACAACACUCUCAAUCCCAAACAAAAGCUUGCACUUGCUAAACAGCUUAAUCUUCGUCCUCGCCAAGUUGAAGUCUGGUUUCAGAACAGAAGAGCAAGGACGAAGUUGAAGCAAACAGAGGUGGAUUGCGAGUACUUGAAGAGGUGUUGUGAGACACUGACGGAAGAGAACAGAAGGCUAAACAAGGAGGUCCAAGAGUUGAGAGCUUUGAAGACAUCGAAUCCAUUUUACAUGCAACUUCCAGCCACCACUCUCACCAUGUGCCCCUCUUGUGAGCGUGUAGCCACCACUACCUCCGCCUCCACCACUGCCCCUCCAGCCACCACCACCACCUCCAACCCCACAGCCUUCUCUCUCUCUAGACCCAGGUUCUAUCCAUACUCUCACAGUACCCAAAACAAUCCCCACCAGUCUGCUGCCUCAUGAAUUUGAAGACACUACUUUUUAGAGUGAGAAACCAUUCAACAACCACUUUGUUAAUGUUAUGCAAAUAUUUGGUGUGUGUAAAUAGUCAAAGUGCUUGUUGGGUGCCUAAAGAGGGUACACCUUGACCUAUUGGUAUAGUUGCUUGCUUGGGAAUCUGUUUCCGAUUCCAAAUCCGAAACAAUUUAGAGAUAAAGAUUGUGCACAUCUGACACAAGAUGCGAAAUGCGCUGAGGAAUGCUCUGAAUUAGCCCUUUCAUGCACGCAUUUGUUGGAUGAUAAGUUCGCUUGAUGUUAUGGUUUUGUCAAGUUAGGACUUUUAGCUCACUUGUGAAUUUUGUGGGUUAGAAUUUAUAUCUUAGAAAGAAAACAAAAAAGGAAGUUAAGAAUUAGAUUAUUAGAGGAAUUUCCCUGAUUUUCCUUCAUUUUCUUGGGAAGUAAAGUUGGGAAGAAAAUAUUACUAGAAAGUUUUUGUUUAAUUAAUUUGAUUGUUGUUUGAUGACGAUGUUAUUAAAUUAAGGUUUUGUGGUUUGAAUUGAA